ACCGAGUCAUCGGCUGGCUGGCACAUCUAUCCGAGGAGAGGACCGCGAUCAGUCGCUUAACAGAUUUCAAGUUAGGCUAAGCAUAAGAUCGCGUUAGGUGUUAGACGUUGACACGGUGCAGUAUGCGUUUCCUUGUUGGAUUAUUGGUGCUUUCCCUCGGAGCUGAAUCUGUGAGGUCAUUGACUUCGACCAGUGAUACGAGGGCUCCUUUUGUGGUCAGUUUGGAAAAUGAGGGUGGUCAAUUUUGCUCCGGUACGAUCGUGACGAAUAACUGGAUUCUUACUGCAGCCAGCUGUGUUUGGAACAAGCAGGCAAUCGAGAUAUCUGUCGGCAUUCAACCGCUGGAUGUUCACUCCGGUAGUUAUCACCGGAGAGCCCUCAAAAUGUACGUCCAUCCGGAUUAUGCGCCGCAUGCUUCCGGUGCCAACAUAGCACUGAUCAAGCUGAAACGUCCGAUCGAGUGGAAUGGUCUUAGCGUAAUGAUGAAGCUGGCAAAUGACAGUGCCGAGCUGCAGAAGAUGUCCGACUGUUUGAUGGUUGGAUGGGAUAGAAACCAGAGGGCACCCAAUCAUUUGAAACCGGUGGACCUUCCCAGUGAAAAGUGUUUCGAUAAGACUUCCCAAAGCCUUUGCUUGAACGAAACCGAUGAUCAGCUGUGCAAGUUUCGCGAAGGUAGUCCUAUGCUCUGUGUGCAUCAAGAGAAGUUCGUUCAGGUUGGAUUUUUGUCGGGCAUAAAGAACUGUGACAAUGAAAAUACCUCCUAUGUUGUUAGCAGUGUAGUACACUUUCACGAAUGGAUGAUGAACGUGAUACAGCAUAAAAAUCUCAUACAGGAUUUGCAAAGUGAAAAGGGAUACCUGAGGAGGCUUUCGCGGUUUAAUUGGCUUAUAUUGGCGGUUCUGGUAUUUGUAGCCAGCGUGGUGAUACUCAUCCAGGUGCUGCGAUCUCGAUUUAGACUGAUGUGAAUUGCAUGUGUGAAUUAUAUUUAAGGAUAUUUAAUAAAAAGUCAAAGUUUUCGUUUUUUUAAUACUCAA